AUGGCAGCCAUGUGGGAUUCUUCUCUCCUCCCCUCCUACGUGCAACGCAUCUCAGAAGAUAAAACAACUGAUCCCUAUAUUUCUCGCUUGACCGUCAGUAGGGUCAGGGUAUUGAUUUUAGAGCUGUUUCCUGCUGCGAUUUUCACUAGGAUCCCGGCUGAGCUAGAAGACUAUUUUACCACUCCGUCAAGGCGGAAAAUCACGCUCACGAGGUUAAAAAUUUCUGCUGACUCGGAAACCGCGCGGCGGGUGGGCGUUGGCUAUGCUCCAUCUCAUAUGGACUUGUCAUUGGAGGCAUAUCGCACCGUCGUAAAAUACGUCGGAAACCGUUCCGAUAUCGCAUCGCUUUGCAGGGUCUCCAAGAGCUUUCGGCAUGCCGCUGAACGUGCGCUAUACAACACGUUGUAUAUGAGGAAGGCACACGAAACGACAGUUUUGUGCCAUACCCUCGUAGCUCAACCGCGUCUUUCGUCUCUCGUCGAAGCCCUUACCAUUGUAUCAGCAGCUGAAGGGCAGAGCCGUGCGAGUGUGGUUCAAGACGAAGGGGAUUCGGAUGAUGAUAGCCGACAUGAACACGACUACAACGUGGAAGAAGAAAAAUGUCCAAACACAGAUUGGAACUCCAUCUCACACGUCUUGAAGCGAACAAUCAACCUACGUUACCUUAACAUCCAUAUUAAUGACGGCCCCGCAUCUUCUGCUUGGAUCCUUGACGGUUGCACGUUUCUCCUUCGCAAACUUCAUUGCGAUUUUGACUGGGACCAGCAUCUUGUCAAAUUCUUAGACAAACAAACUGAACUCGAGGAUCUCUACAUUUUGGAUUUCCAGGAUGCCGUUGCAUCUGAAGUGAUGGCUGAUUCUCCACUGAGAUCGACAUCCGUUCCACCUGGCCUUGGCGCCCUUGAAGCAAAGGGCAUUCCCAACCUUUCGAAGCUCGAAUGCACAUUCAUUGAAGCAGUUGUUACAAUCCUACCCUAUCGCCCAGUCACUCACCUCAAAACUUGUUUCUCUUGUUCGGAGAUUAUCGCCAAGCGCGCUGAGAUGAGACUUUUGCUCUCCUGCGUUGCCCUUUCCACGGGUCCGCUACGUUCGCUUGAUAUCGCCGACGCAACCUAUCACAAAAGUUUUUCUAUGGAACUCCUCGAAAACAUUGUUAAUCUUCAUGUCGAGCUGCGCUAUCUUGGAACCCUAGUUUUGCCCAUUGGAGGGCAAGAGCGCCUUCGGUUUUAUGGCCUCUUGAUGCGCUUGCCUGACACACAAUGCAUUGAGGUCGAGGUUUCCGAAUGGGACCCUCCCCCUUCUACUCCACCGGCUUUUCGGGCGCUAGCCAACGAAGUACGGCUGUAUUGCCCAUCCAUCACAUGUGUGGUGUUUGUGCAUGACUUUGACAGGACGGUGGUUACUGCGGUCGAUGGCAUCUGCCAGUUGGGGGGCGAUGCCGAAAAUUUGUGGAGGGAGGUGUGA